AUCUACUGAGUUGCAUACUCCACAUAACCACUUAGCAGGUAGUAAUGGAAUUCGCUCUCUGAUCACUUCCUAAUUGCAAUUACGUAUGUGGCAGUCACUUUGUUGUAUAUGAUACGGUGCGACGCGAUUUCAAUUGUACAGGAUUUUAAAAUAUAAUCGCCAGAUGUCACAGUACAACCCACAUAGCCACGGCAAGCUAUCGAGAAAACUCAGUGAAAAUAUUACAGACGGUCUUGAUGAAGAUGACAAUCGGUUGCAACAGUACCGACCGUCGAAGGCAUUACAAGAGAAAAGAAGCCAUGUCAUGGAACAUUUGGCGACUUUCACGGUGAACAGGGAUGCAGGUAUAGUUCAUCCAAUGGAUGGAAUGCGCCGACUUUUGCAAAUGGAGAAAAACACAGGAAUUUGGUCGCAAAAAAUGAGGCUUUGUUUGGACAAUGGGCAUGUUCUUAUAACCGAUUACGAGACGGGGGAUUUGAUUGAGAAGUUUCCAUCUUACCUCGUUGAGUGUCCAACUGCCUUUACUUCCGACGACGUUCUUGAAUUGUACAACAAUGUCUUGGUGUUUAUUGUUUCAGCUGCUUCUGGUGCUCAAUCCGAAAUGCAUAUCUUUCAGUCCCAAAGCAUGUCGGCUGUUGAUUUAGUCCAAGAAAUAAAAUCGCUGCAAAGUAAUGACUUACAGGCGAAAGCACCAAUAAUGCCUUCUAAAUAUCAAGCUGUUUCCACCCAUUCAUCCGCUAAGAAAAAUACAAAUAUGGAAUUUUAUAAACACCACAGUGAUGACCACAGAUACCAUCAUAGUGCAGAAAAAGGAACCACUAUACAUGGCGAACACAACGACUAUGAUCAUAAAGAAUUUGCAGUAAAUGACCCGUUCGGAUCAAGAUGUGGUUCCCCAGAUGUUGCCGGCAUUGAAAUGAGUACAUCUCAAGGCCGAAGAUUUUUCGAAGACACUUGUUCCGUGUCGAGUGAGAGAUACGAAAGAGAAGUUUGUAUUCUGAAUAGCUGCUUUGACGACAUUGAAAAAUUUAUUGCACGCCUGCAACACACGGCAGCUGCUGUAAGAGAGGUAGAAAGACGAAGACAUAAACAUCGGGAAAUCGGCGACGGUCUCAUAAAUCUUCAUACUCGCCCUCCAAUGGAGAAAGAGUUUGUGGAAAUCUUGGGGAAAUUUAAGUUGUCAUUUAACCUUCUUUCGAAAUUAAAAACACAUAUUCAUGAUCCAAAUGCGCCCGAAUUGGUUCAUUUUCUCUUUACGCCUCUUGCUUUAAUUGUGGAGGCGGCACGAGAUACUUAUAGUAAGUCCCAGCUGACGUCAAAAGUAAUCGAACCACUUUUAACGUCCGAUACAAUAAACUUUUUAAUAAAUUGUGUCAGUAGUAAGGAAACAGAACUGUGGAAAUCCUUGGGGCCGUCAUGGACCGUGUCCUCCGAACAAUGGCAUGAAAAGAAUGAAUUUCAUAACACCACUGGAUACAUUGAUAAACGUUUCCAAGACAAUGCAGACAUAAGUAAUUUCGACACAGUACUCACAUUAUCUCGGCCUGAAGAUUCUACGAGAGAUUUUGAAUACUUACAGGACACUCAAAAGACAUCGUCGUUUCGCCCGAAUGUUUCAACAAAUAUGAAUUAUUUGCAUAAUGCUGCAGAAGCCACAGAGUCCGCAGGAUUUCCCAUGUCAUCAAACAAACAAUACGGUUAUAAUACAACUCAAAAAUAUUUUGAAUCUGAAACUGCUGGGACGGAUGCUACGGAACACGAAGAGCCAAGACCUGAGAAGAAAAAUAAAGGAGAAGGUAUUAAGGACAUGGUGGACACACCACAGUUACACUAUUCUAAUGAAAAAGCCAGCUAUAUGCUCCCUGAAAUUGAUACAAUGACCGAUCAAUGGUUAAAUAUGCUUCGCAAAAAGGGCGCAAAUACCGCCAUGGUCUGCUAUCCAAGAAUGGCAAACAAUGAUAAAGAACUAAGCGUUUCGAAAGGGGAAUACUUGGAGAUAUUAGAUGACUCUAGAAAAUGGUGGAAAGCUCGCAAUAUGUAUGGCCAGAUAGGUCAUGUGCCCAGCACAAUCGUUGCUUCAGUUCACGGAAUUCACGACAACUACAGCAAUCAAAAACCAUCCAAUUAAAAAAUAUUCAUAUUUUUAUGCUUUUCUAACACACAUAUUUAAAAUGUAAUAACUCGAAUAUUUGGCUGAAAGCCCCAUAUGUAAGAAUAUCACUCAUGUUUGAUGAUUCCACUCUGAUUUACAUAACGUAAAAUGUCCGCACGAAUAUUCCAAGAUAAAGGGAGAAUACUUAUUUUCUUUUCCCGAAUUCGUUUACCAGAACAUGAGGAUAUAUAUGGCCAGUUGGGGCACGUGCCUUAAAUUAUGUUGCGGAGGUUUGAACCUAACUGCAACUAUAGACAUUAAAAUCCUUUUAAUUAGGAUACAUAUUUCAUAUAUAAAUGUUAUUAGUAUUUUAUAUACUUAUACAUAUAAAUAAACUAUAAACAUUUUAUAAAAAUUAA